CUCGCGGCAGUUGAACCCUCAUGUCAGUGUUCUGUCUGUGUGUGGUUCAGGCGAGCUUGGUGUAGAGGCUGGAAAAGACGCGCGCCGAGUUGCUUCAUCGCGAAGCUCAAACUUUUCCGCAAUUUUAAACAUUCUUCGGACUCGGAGGGAUGGUUUCGGACCUAUCGCUGGAGUCGUCAGUCUGUUUGCUCGGUCGGGACUGGCAUGUUCAGGAGUUUUUCUGCGGUUAAAAACAAAGUCCCGGGGCAUUUGCUGUCCAACCUGCAGUCGGACUGGCGUUCCGAUCCCGUCCUUCUCCACGGAGUCAGUCGACCGUGAUCGCUCGACUUCCCGGCGAGCUCACUCGGGAGAUGUGCGUACGGCUCUUCUCCCGGCCAGGACUGUAAUUUCGUCGUGCGACGUCGGAGUCGCCGCGCUAGAUCGCGAACGGAAGAGCUCCGGACGCGUCUGGACGAAAUACUGCUGCCCUUCGCGUCCGUGGCGGACGAGACAAAAGAGGAUAAGGAGCUGAGCACCGUGUCUUGGUGACCAGGACUGGCCGCCGUGUCCGAGCGCCUUGUGCAGGGAGGGGUGGCGGGCCGUCGCUCUUCCUCUUGGAUUACCGAAGUGUGUGUUUCCUGGAUUUCCAAUUAAAAAGAGGAAAGGGGGGCCAGAAAGUGGGGGAUACCUUCAAGAUGUAUCCGCAGGGCCGGCAUCCGGCGCCCCAUCAACCUGGUCAACCAGGGUUUAAAUUUACUGUGGCGGAGUCCUGCGACAGGAUUAAAGAUGAAUUUCAGUUUUUGCAAGCCCAGUAUCACAGUCUUAAGGUGGAGUAUGAUAAGCUGGCCAAUGAGAAGACGGAAAUGCAGCGUCACUACGUCAUGUAUUAUGAGAUGUCCUAUGGGCUGAACAUUGAAAUGCACAAACAGACUGAGAUUGCAAAGCGACUCAAUGCAAUCCUCGCUCAGAUCAUGCCGUUUCUGUCACAAGAGCACCAACAGCAGGUCGCACAGGCUGUUGAACGUGCCAAACAGGUGACAAUGACCGAGCUGAAUGCCAUCAUCGGGCAGCAGCAGCUCCAGGCCCAGGCGCACCUAUCCCAUGCGGGCCACGGCCCCCCUGUGCAGCUGCCCCCACACCCCACCGGGCUCCAGCCACCUGGCAUCCCCCCCGUGACGGGCUCCGGCUCUGGCCUGUUGGCAUUGGGAGCUUUGGGCAGCCAGGGACACGUCCCCGUCAAGGACGAGAAGAACCACCAUGAUCUAGAGCACAGAGGUGAGGAGCUGACCAACAACUCGGUAUCGCCGUCGGACAGCCUACGUACCGCCAGCGAGAAGCACCGGGGCUCCUCCGAGUACAACGUGGACUCGAAGAAGCGCAAAGUCGAGGAGAAGGACAGCAUGAGCAGAUAUGACAGCGAUGGAGACAAGAGCGAUGACCUGGUGGUGGACGUGUCUAACGAGGACCCCGCCACCCCGCGGGUCAGCCCCGCCCACUCCCCUCCAGAGAAUGGCCUGGACAAAUCGCGGGUCCUCAAGAAGGACGCCCCCAACAGCCCUGCUUCAGUGGCCUCGUCCGGCAGCACGCCCUCAUCCAAGACCAAGGAGCACGUCCAUAAUGACAAGUCUUCCACACCUGUCCUGAAGUCCAACACGCCUACCCCACGUAAUGAUGCCCCUACCCCGGGCACAAGCGGCAACCCUGGACUCCGGCCGAUUCUGGGCAAGCCCCCUGGCAUGGAAACGAUAGCUCCGGCUCUGAGGACCCCGCUGUCCAUCGCUGGGUCCUAUGGCACACCGUUUGCCAUGAUGGGUCACCACGAGAUGAAUGGUGCCCUCACCAGCCCCGGGGUCUAUGCUGGCCUGCACAUCUCGCCCCAGAUGAGCGCUGCAGCAGCUGCCGCUUACGGCCGCUCUCCCAUGGUUGGGUUUGAUCCUCACCCACACAUGAGACCCCCGGGCCUGCCCGCCAGCCUCACGUCCAUCUCCGGAGGAAAACCGGCAUACUCAUUCCACGUGAGUGCGGACGGGCAGAUGCAGCCGGUACCCUUCCCGCCCGAUGCCCUAAUUGGGCCCGGCAUCCCGCGGCAUGCGAGACAGAUCAACACGCUGAGUCAUGGCGAGGUGGUGUGCGCAGUCACCAUCAGCAAUCCCACGCGGCACGUCUACACCGGCGGCAAGGGCUGCGUCAAGAUCUGGGACAUCAGCCAGUCCGGGAGCAAGAGCCCUGUGUCCCAGCUCGAUUGCCUGAACCGGGACAAUUACAUCCGGUCCUGUAAGCUGCUUCCGGACGGGCGCACGCUGAUCGUGGGCGGGGAGGCCAGCACGCUGACCAUCUGGGACCUGGCCUCGCAGACGCCGCGCAUCAAGGCGGAGCUCACCUCCUCGGCGCCCGCCUGCUAUGCUUUGGCCAUCAGCCCUGACGCCAAAGUCUGCUUCUCCUGCUGCAGUGACGGCAACAUCGCUGUGUGGGACCUGCACAACCAGACCCUCGUCAGGCAGUUCCAGGGCCACACAGACGGGGCCAGCUGCAUCGACAUCUCUCACGAUGGAACCAAGCUGUGGACUGGGGGGCUGGACAAUACGGUGCGGUCCUGGGACCUGCGGGAGGGCCGGCAGCUGCAGCAGCACGACUUCACCUCCCAGAUCUUCUCCUUGGGCUACUGUCCGACGGGAGAGUGGCUGGCCGUUGGCAUGGAGAGCAGCAACGUGGAGGUUCUGCACCACACCAAACCCGACAAAUACCAGCUGCACCUGCAUGAGAGCUGCGUGCUCUCGUUGAAAUUCGCCUACUGUGGUAAAUGGUUUGUGAGUACUGGAAAGGACAAUCUGCUGAAUGCCUGGAGGACCCCCUACGGAGCAAGCAUAUUUCAGUCAAAGGAGUCCUCGUCCGUCUUGAGUUGUGACAUCUCGGCAGAUGACAAGUACAUCGUCACAGGCUCUGGUGACAAGAAGGCGACAGUCUAUGAAGUCAUCUAUUGAGUCCUGCAGGCGGCACACUGGAGCACCAUGGGUCCUGGUGGCGAGAUCUUCACACACGUGCACACACACGCAUACACACCUGCCGGCCCCCACCACUAGAAUCAAGGUCUUGGACACAAGUUGGACUGGGUUCGGAGGUGUUCUCUUGCGUUCUCACCCGUUUGACGUCCUGUGUUGGAAGCCCCCAACCCCCCCCCCACCAACUGAGCGUGCUCCAUACAGCACUAGAGAAGUAAAUAUCUGGCUGUAAACCUCCCCCCCAACCCAUAUUUCCUUCCUCGGAUUGUUUUAUUUUUAUUUUUUUAAACGAGAAGAACUUUCUGUAAUGCUGCUGGAAGCGGCUCAUUUUUUUCCUUUUUUCCUUUUUUCCUUUUUUUUUUAUCGUGCUCCCUGGAAGUCUUGUGAAAAGUGUAAAUAUUGGAGUAAUAAAACAUUUUAUAUAUAUAUAUAUAUAUACACACACUUAUAUAUUUUCUUGUCCCUGGUACCUGGUGAUGAUUCUGUUCUUGUCGUUUUCUUUAUGCCUGAUAUGGGAGAUGAAAAAGUAGUUCGUUAAUAUUAAUUUUUUUUCUUUUCUUUUAAGGGGUGCUUUGGAUUUUUCCCCCCCCAAAGUGCUUUAUUCCAGGCUGACCUCCACUGUUAACAAAGUAUAGUUUUCCCAGAAAUGUAUUUUUUUUGCUCUGGAGUGAGUUUGAAGAGGAUUUUCCCUGUUGGUGUUGGAUGCUGUCCGAUGGCGUGCAGGGAGCUUGGGGCCCCUCCCUCAGGCACUGCCCUGGUGCAUGAUGGGAGAUCGAGGCAGAAACCUACCUGUAAAUGAAUCCGCUUUAGCUGUGCAGGUGGAAAUGGGAGGUUUUUUUUUUUUACCCAGCGUUUUGGUUACUAAGUGUCCCGUGUGUUGUCAUGGCACCCAUCCCCAUUGGUCCUGCUGGAAUUGAGAAUCGUGUUGUCCAAUCGGUGCCGUGCGUGCGGGUCCCUGCCCUGGUCUGAACCAGAUGGAUGAGGCUUUUGUUUUCGUUUUAUCUUUUUCUUUCCUUCCCCUCACAGUGCCUGUAUUCCUGUGGGUUAUGUGUUGGGGGGGGGGGUCUUCAACAGGGAUAACGCUGCAGUAUGGCAUAAUGAGGAAAGGGGGGGAGCAGUUUGAUGCGGGGCCCCUGGCGUGGGGCCCCUGGGCUGUGGCACUCGCUCCCUCUUUGUAACUGGCUUCUCAAACUCACACCAAAGUAUGUAGCAGACAGUCAGCACUGAAAAUAUGUACAGCGGUUAAUGAUUCAAUAAAAUGUUUUUGUAAAAAAAAAAAAAAAAAAAAAAUCUAUAUACACACACACCUGGGUGUAAAGAGAGAUGUAUUAAUUCCCAAACCUGAUUACGUCUGAGAGGUUUAAGAUGGAUUUAAGAGCCAAAUCUUUAUAGUGUUGAACAUUUACAUAGAGGUUUUAACCUUGUAUUAUACUGGUUAAAUAAUUGGUAUGUAACAUUUUAGGCAUAUUUUUUGGAAUGAAAGGCACCACUCUGUAAUAACUGUGUGACAGUAACUACAAAAAUGUAAAUAAACUUUUCCUUUUAAAGUUA